UAACAGAGUGGAGACAAAGUGAGAGGGCUGAUAGUCACAGAGAGCUGAUAGGGAGGCAGCCAGUGAGUUAAAGCAGCAGAGGAUGGGGUUAAAGUGAAGGAACAGGAGAAAAAAAAAAGAGGAAGAAGAGUCCAUCCUGGUAUGACAGCGAGCUAGAACCACAGCUGACGGGGGAGGAGAGCUAGAAAGACGCAUUCCCGACAAUGGCGAGCCUCCCCAAAGAGCCGCCUGAGGAUGCCAGGAAACAGAGCUUCUGGAUGCCAGGGAAUUAUGUGCGUACAGUGCACCGAACUGAGCAGUCCUUCCAGGCAUGUAACGACAUAGUGGCCUGCCUCAUCGAGAGGGCGAAAGUAGAAAAACAGUACGCCCAGCAGCUCAGCCAGUGGAGCAGCAAGUGGAAGUCCAUAGUGGAUUCUAGGCCACUUUAUGGCUCCCUCAUGAAGGCGUGGCAGUGUUUCUUCACCUCCACCGAGCGCCUGUCCUCCCUCCAUUCCUCCAUCUCCCAGUCGCUCAUCACAGAGGAGGGAGAACGGGUGAAGACCUGGCAGAAGGAGACCUUUCCAAAGAAAAUCUUCUGCGGCUUCAGGGAGAGCCACGAAAACAACACGAGCUUUUCACGUGCGCAGAAGCCCUGGUCUAAAAAACUGGCGAAGCUGGACAAGGUUCAAGUUUCGUACCACAAGUCCUGUCAGAAGGAGCAAGCGGCCCUCGACAAAGAGAAGCAAGCAAACGAAAACUCUGAGAUGAGUCCAGAGAAAAAGCAGAAGAUCACAGAGGCCAGAGAGUACGCUGCCGAGGAGAAGGAAAAGGCCAGAGAGCGAUACGAGAAGGUGCUGGAGGAUGUGUCGGCCUACACGCCUCGCUACAUGGAGGAGAUGGAGGCCAUUUUUGAACAGUCGCAGGAGGAGGAGAGGAAGAGGAUCAGCUUCCUGAAGCAAGCCUUCCUCUCCAUCCACAGACAUCUGGACAUCACUAACAACGAGAGUGUGAAGGCAGUUUACAGUGAACUCCACAACACUCUGAUGUCCAUCAAUGAGCAAGAGGAUCUCAAAUGGUGGAAGAACAAUCAAGGUCCAGGCAUGCCCACCGACUGGCCAAAGAUUCAGGAAUGGGUCCCACCAAUAAAGAAACUAAAGAGAAAGAAAAGAGACAAGAAGGGAAAGGAGAGCCGACCUGUGAUGAUUGGAGGUGUGAAGGUGCGAGCUCUGUACGACUACGUGGGAGAGGAGGGUGACGAGCUGUCCUUUAAAGCAGGUGAAGUGUUCCUGAAGGUCGAGGAGGAGGACGACCAAGGCUGGUGUCGAGGCGUCCUGAGCGGAGGGAAGGAAGGCUUCUACCCGGCCAACUAUGUUGAAGUGGCCGAGUGACGAGUGUCCAACAUGUCACGUCCUGAACUUGUUCCUCACUAAGUGUUGCUUUUUAAGUUCUUCUGAAAAUAACAGUUAUUAUCGUUUAACGUCUGAGAUGUCGUCACACUGAUUCCGAGUUCAUGUCAGAUGUAAUCUGUUCCCAGCCAUUUUUGAAACGUAAAAGGCCUUAAUAUCCUAACCUACUUGGUUUGUCUGCAAUAAGAAUUAACUUAUCAAAGACUAGAAUGUAUUGUUUGUGCUGAAUGUGUAUAUGUGUGAGUGUGCUUGCAUGCAGGUGUGCAUGUUAGGAUGAAGCUAAAGAGAACAAAAGAAGAUAUUUAUUUUCUGUUCAAGUCAUUUAGUCACUGUAAUGAAGAUAAAGCGGAUGAGGUUUAAAAGGCACAGGUUUACAUAAGUGUGUGCAAUCAAGGUUAAUGUUUACUUAAUAAGUAUUAGGUUGGAGCACACAGCAGUAACUUUGAUUGAGGGAAUGGAUUUUCAAAAUAAAAGUAUAAGUGUUUUGGGACUAAUC